UUUGAUAGUGAAUCACAAAUAAACAAUUAAAAUGAUUGAUGAAGAGGAUAUUAAUUUCAUUAAAGUGUUUCUGUUUCUUAUGAAAGGUGGAACACUUUUAUUUCGAAAACUUGUUCUAGCUUUAGUUGCUAAAUCUGGAAAACCUUUAGAGGAUAUAUUACAAGGACACCGUCAGUCUUUCACUGAGACAUCUGUUCAUGGACAUUUGACAAAGGUACAAUUUGAAAAAUUGUUUCCAAGAAACAAUCAAGCAAUAGACAUCUAUCAGUGGGAUAUUUCAUUGCUUACUUUCGUUUUAUUAAAUGUGUUUAGUGGAUCGUUUACAUCCCCGGAAAUAGCAGCGAUAAAAGUAAUACGGGAUAAGAGAAACAAUGUCGUAGGACAUGGGUCUGAUUCAAAAAUAUCAAAAGUUGAUUUUGAGUGUAUUUGGCCUCGUAUAACAAUGGCCAUGAGACAGUUGUUAAGAAUGCUAACACCCGGUGAUCAAAUGGAAUACAUAACAGCAGAGUCCAGCAUAAUGCUUCAUCCUUUUCAACCAGAUACCAUCAACCAACUGAAGGAGAUUCCGUUUACAGAUACAUUCACUCAAAGUGUAGUAAAGAGUAUUUUGCCAAAGGUCAUUGAAAAGUUAAGAAUAGAAUCAGAUGCAGAAAACCGUAAAAGAAAUGAAAAUUUAUUCCGAAGACUUGAACAGAUUGAGAAAAGGCAAGAUGAACAAGGACAGCUACAACAUACACACGGAAAUAAGAUAGCUCUCCUGCUGAAAAUGCAAGUCAAUACAGGCAAUGAAGGAAGCAGAAGUCAAGUGCAAGAACAUAUACUUGAAGCAUCCAACAAUGUUAUAUCAAAUGAUCCCGAUGUAGUUAAUUCCAAUGAUGAAGUUGCAUCAGCUGUUGAAGACCUGUUUCAAGGAAUGGAGGAGCAAGGUGUUAAGGUUGUAAAGGCAGACGAAGGGUCCAUACUUUUAACAGUACUGUGUCCUGCUAUCAAGUGUAUGAAAGAUAUAGUACUUUAUUUGAAGAGUCCACAGAUACAACAGAAGUUAACAUACAUCGAGAAGACAGUUGAUAAAUACUAUAAGUGUGAAACAAAGAUAACAAUUGACGUAGAUCUACGUAGUCUCGAGACAGCCAUCAACAGAUUCGAAAAGGAAGUAGAUGUUGGUGCAGUUUGUCUAACACUUGAGUGCAGCGGGACUGUUGGAGUGAGGAAUGCAUUUCAGAUGUUUGAAAAUGGCGAAUCGACAAACACGCUUAAUAAAUUGUCAGAAGCGCUUUCGCACACAGUGGGAGAAAAAGUAGAACUUCAUACAGGAAUUGAUAUAGACAAGUUAGAGGAUGAUAUAGAAAACGUUUGUGAAGUCAUUGUGAAAUUAAAUGUUCACAUAAAAAACAGAGCUGCACAACUUUAUAACAAAUACAAGGAUGUAUUUGACGGAGACUUAGGUAAAAUGAAGAACUUUAAGGCUAAGUUGAAGUUAAAGCCAGAAAGUACGCCAAAGUUUGUAAAAGCUAGAAGCGUGCCAUUCGCUAUGAAGCCGCGGACUGAAGAAGAGUUAGGUCGUCUUAUAAAAGACGGAGUUCUGGAGAAAGUCGAGACAAGUGAAUGGGUAACCCCUAUAGUACCUGUUCCUAAGCAGGAAGGCAUUAGGAUCUGA